AUGGAUUCGCAACAGUCCUCUGAGAGCCCAAACUCCCAUACUAUGCGUCUGGACAAGACUCUCAAGUCCCUGCAAGCUAGAGUCAGGGAGCAGGAGGCACUGCUGGAAGAGCUCCGAGCAUCUACAACCCCACUAGAAGUUGAACCUUCGUCGGACCGCAAGACCCUCUUGCAGCAACUCAGAGCCCUCAAAGCUGCCUACGAAUCCCUCACACCAUCCCAACCAUGGCUUCCACCUCAUACAUCUGCCAUUCCGGGUCUUUUAGCUCUAAGAGUAACAGAUAAGGUCAUUAAGGAAAGCGAGGAUAGCCUAGUGCAAACGGAAGCUAAGCUCAAAACCCUAAGGCGAAGAUUAGAGCAAGAAUACGGAAAUCUCAAGGAUGCAAAGUUGAUACAGUCCGAAAUGGAACUGCGCAUAGCAUCCCUUCAAGAACGAAUAGAAGAGCGAGAACAGCAGUCACCCAGUCAGAUGGCCAAUGAGAUGAUCCAGGCAGUGAAGCAGCGGAAGACGUUUUACGACAACGAGACUGGCAGGUUGGUCCAAGCAUUUAACAGAUUCAUCGAUGAUCAUCUUGCCGCUAUGCUUGCGGUGGAAGAGCUUGGAGGCCCCAUUGUCGGGGAGAUACCAGAGGUUGAUGAUGAGCUCCUGGAAGGCGAGUUUAGCGCACACGGGAAACCGAAAAAGGGGAAACCGAGCGAAGACAAGCGGCAACGUCGUAUCGAUCAGAUAUGGGGCCCAAGGCCAGAGGAGGAGGAGGAAGAGGGUGAAACUGAACCGCGGGACGAGAGACGCGUUGCGGCAGCUGAAAUGCGGGACUUGACAGAGCAACUGUUGAAUGGGUUGGUAGAUACAGAAGGCAUCGGUCCUGCUGCGUACGUUGACCUGCAGAGGGAGUCAGCUGCGGCUAGAUUUCUCGUCAGGUCUAAAGUUGCUCAAUUCCACCCCAGGGAUGCCAGAAAACUUCGAUUGAUCGACUUUGGGAGCGAGAUUGACGACUGA